AUGCGGUAUAUCAUAUCAGUGAAUAAAGCUGCUUUCUUUUACUUUUCAGAUAAACUUUCUGUCAUUUCUUUACAUAGGGGUUGGAAUUUGUUAGCUGAACAAAAACAGCUCGCAUUACUGAUGACCGCGACAUCUGAUCGUUGCUGUUGUGGGCUGCUUCAUAUUAAGCACGGUACAAUUACGAUUGGGGCUUGCUCAUUACUGUCAACAUUAAUUAAUGGCUUACUAUUCUGGUUUGAUAUCAAUCGGAUGUCACAUCAUUUUUGUAUCGAAUUCUGUCUUGUUCUCAUCGAUGUAUUUUCAGUUAUAUCACUUUUUUAUGGAAUAUUGCAUAUGCGACCUAAUUUCUUGAAACCUUACGUUUAUUUCACUUUAGCAUGGUGCGUAGCAUUAGUUCUUUUAUUCAUUCUUUCAUUGGUAGAGCUAAUAAAUGGUGGUCAACUUUCAGUCAACAUAGCCAUUUCAGUAGCAGAAAUUUUUAAUUUGGCACAAUUCGGCAAUAUACUUCGAAAUUCAAGUGAACUACUUACAAUUUUCUCAUUAAUCGGCUUGUUGUUAUCAAUUGCAUUGAAUAUUUGGUUCUUAUGUGUGAUAUUCGAGUACUAUCAGUGGCUAACAAUUCAGACAACGAAACUUCAUUUCAACAACCAUAGCUUGGCACCACGAUUAUAA